AUGACCGACCGGAGUCUUCAGCUGGUUACUUCCUGUUCCGAGGCUGUUUGUUCUCUCUGAAAAUAACGGAUCUGCUUCUGCUAUCCGAGGAGGACUAGCUACACGGCGACACCUGUAGUAUCCAGACAUCCUGACAGCCGGGACAGGACUGGAGGAGAGAAACAAACACCAUAAAGAAGGAAUACAACCAUCAAACAUCAACAAAUCAACCUGAUCACCGUGUUCAUUGUUGUUUAACCUGCUGGAGGAGAUGAGCACCGGAGGGGCGGGUAGCUAGUUGACAGAUAAACCGACUACACCGCCCGCCCUUUCAUAUCAGAGAGAAAAAACAUUUAUCUGCUGAAUCUGCAGACACUUUUACUUCCUCUCUCCCUGUGACGUUAUCAGCAGCAAGAAGGGGUAGCUCUGUUUUCCUCCAAAACAACCUGAUUAUGUCCAAAUACACCAGCUUUCCUGAGCCGAUGGACGACCACAACCCUUUCCAAGACCCUGCAGUGACUCAACACAGCAGCAACACAGGAUAUGCCACACUGGACCUUUACAACCCAUUUGAUAAUACUACUGCACCUCCGCCUCCGUAUGAAGCCACCUCUCCCUCUGCUCCAGCUGUGCCUGCACAGACCCCACCCAGCAGGACGACACCCACCGAGCCUCGCAAUUAUGGCUCCUAUAGCUCCCAGACUGCGGCGAGCGCUACCACAGCAGAGCUCCUAAGGAAGCAGGAGGAGCUGGAGAAGAAAGCCCAGGAGCUGGAGAGGAGAGAGAGGGAGCUGGAGUCACACAGCCUGGGACCUGGAGCUUCACGUCAGAAUAACUGGCCCCCGCUGCCUUCGUUCUGCCCGGUGGGCCCCUGCUUCUACCAGGACAUCAAUGUGGAGAUCACUCAGCGCUUCCAGCGCACCGUCACCAUCAUGUAUUACUUCUGGAUGUUCUGCACUUGCACGCUGCUCUUCAACCUGAUCUCCUCCCUGGCCAUGUUCUGCGUGGACCAGUCGGGUGGUGUCGGUGUUGGCCUGGGCCUCGCCAUCCUCUGGAACCUCCUCUUCACCCCCUGCUCCUUCGUCUGUUGGUACCGACCUGUGUACAAAGCCUUCAGGAGUGACAGCUCCUUCAAUUUCUUUGUCUUCUUCUUCGUUUUCUUCGCCCAAGUGGUCGUCUCCGUCAUCAUGACCAUCGGCAUCCCUGGAUGGGGUUUCAGCGGGUGGAUCGUGAGCCUGGCUGCUCUGAAUUCCAGCGUCGCCGUCGGCGCCAUCAUGAUGAUGAACGCCGUCCUCUUCACUGCCCAGUCCGCCAUGGGGGUUUUCCUGCUGAAGAAGGUCCACAGUCUGUACAGGCAGACCGAUGCCAGCUUUGUGAAGGCCCAGGCCGAGUUCGCCACCGGAGUCAUGUCCAAUCAGGCCGUGCGCAGUGCCGCCACCAACGCCGCCGCCAGCGCCGCCCAGGGGGCCUUCACUGCGCCUCGAUAGGUAGAGAGGGACGAGAAGGGUUGGGAGGGUAAGGAACGAAGGAGGUGGAGCGCCCUUUUCAGCUUGAUAAGGGAUCUGUUUGGUAUUUAUUUCCCUGCAGGUGGUUAGAGUUUGAUUGUGGGGGUGAAGUGAGUCUGUUACUCCCCCUGAGCAGCUGAACAACAGGGCAUGUGCAUGAGGCGGAGGUGGUGUUGUCUAAUUUAUAAAGGUGUACAGGACAAGUUAGCUACAUUGCCAAACCAGGAGUCAACAAAUCAUGUGAGUGUUGAUUCAAGGAAACAGAAAGAUGAUGUGAAAUGUGAAAAAAAAUAAGAUGCUGAAGCUGUUUGAAAUUUAGUGCAGUCGUACCGAGUAUCAGCGAAUACAGGGAAAAUGCUUCUUUUGUUUUUGUAUUAAAAGACGAGCCGAGUGCCAAGUAGGAAGCUUCAAACCUGGAUAAUUUCCCAUGUUUAAAUGACUCCGAUCAUGUACAUUGUGUUUACAAGGAGCCACGUCUGAACACUGAAUUGUUGCCAUUCUAAUAUUUGACCCAUAACUGACUGGCUCGACUUUGGCGGACGCUAAUUUUUUAGUUGCUUUAAGUGUUAACUAACAAGUUGUUUUGUUAUUAUUCCAAAUGAAAAAAUGCAUAUUUAACUAUUUGCCAAAACCUUCUCAUUACUGUAAAGAUAACGUGUUGUUUCUGUUACGAUAUAUCUGUUACUGUUCUGUUGGUGCUGCUUGUGUUUCUUAUGAUUACAGGUCACUGUCUUGGUUUUAAUAAAAAUAUAUUGUCAUGCCUA